UGCAGGAAGGGAGAGGUAAAGGGAGUGUGAAUUCAGCAGGCUGUAGCUCACCUCCACUACAAAGACUUCACAGGACGCAGCACACGGGGAGGCUGAGACUCUGGGAUAACUACAGUGUCUGUUUUGUGUUUGAAUGAACCUGUUGGCCUCCUUUUUAAUCUUGAAGAAUGGUGGGACUCUCAUCAACUGCUGUUGAGGCGAUGGAGGUGUUGGUGAGCGAGCUGGGAGUCCUGCUGAAGAUGCUGGACCAGGAGAACCUCAGCUCCUCCACUCAGGAGAAGAAGACCUCCGUGUGGAACCUCCUGCAGCAGAUCCAGCCGUCAGUAUCUGGAACAGACUACAUCUACAUGAACUCAUCAGUGUACAGAAAUGGCACAAGUUUUGUGGAAUCUCUCUUCGAGACAUUUGACUGUGAGCUUGGAGACCUAAAGGACGCGACAGAUGAUCUACAGGAUGACAAGAAUGCCAAAGAUGAUACUUUAAAACAGGAGAGCUGCGUCGGUUCCCCCGCCCCUCGCUCGGCUGACUCCCCUCCACCUCUGCCCACCACGCCCCCUCCUGAGGAGUACUACGAGGAGGCAGUGCCGCUCAGUCCCGGCAAGAUGCCCGAGUACAUAAUCACACGAGUCAGGCCCAGUCCACCCAAUUCUAUAGAAGAUGGGUAUGAGGAUGCUGAAAAUCACUACCCAACCACCUGCAUCAGCUCGCACCGAAAAAACUCUUACAAUGACUCCGACGCUCUGAGCAGCUCCUACGAGUCCUACGAGGAGGACGAGGAGGAGCGGGGCCCCGGCAUCCAGCUGACUCACCAGUGGCCCUCAGACGAGAGCUCCAUGCCUCCCGCCAGAGACUGCCGCAUCUGUGCCUUCCUGCUGCGUAAGAAACGCUUCGGCCAGUGGGCCAAACAGCUCACCGUCGUCCGUGAAAACAGACUACAGUGCUAUAAGAGCUCCAAAGACACGUGUCCCUAUGUGGACCUGCUGCUGCCUCAGUGCACAGUUGUGUAUGUUCCCAAAGACAGCAAGAGAAAGCACCACGAGCUCCGCUUCACCUUACCCAACGGGGACGGCUUAGUGCUGGCGGUACAGAGCAAGGAGCAGGCGCAUACCUGGCUGACGGUCGUCAGAGAGGUGAGCGGUCAGAACGCCGGGCCCGAGGAACCUGCCUCCCCCGUCAUUCCCCGAAAAAAUGAACUUGACAAGAGGUUGUCUGCAGAGAGGAACACAUCUGAUUCAGACAGUGUUGGUGUAUCAGCAGGAGAGGCCUGCAGAGAGAACGGUAAGGUGCGAAGAGGAGCUUUGGCUGCGGGUCGUAAGAUCACCCGUAUCAUCAGCUUCUCCAAGAAGAAGUUCCCUCGGCCCGGCGAUCCACGCGCCACCUUCACCAACCCUCGCCAAGGCUGCCUGUCUGUGCUGGUGAACCAGGUGUGGCGGGAGCAGUGGUGCUGCGUCUGCAGAGGCUCCUUACACUUCUACCACGACAAGGGAGACGCGCGGACCUCCCUGCCUUCCCUCCCCCUCCACGGCUGUGAGGUGAUCCCGGGGCUCGGACCCAAGCAUCCCUUUGCCUUUCGGAUUCUGCGGAACAGCACGGAGGUGGCGGCUCUGGAGGCGAGCAGCUCCGAGGAGCUCGGCCGCUGGCUCGGCGUCCUCCUGGCAGAAACGGGCUCGGCGACCGACCCCGAGUCUCUGCAUUAUGACUACGUUGACGUGGAAACCAUCGCCAACAUUCGGGACGCCGCUCGUCAUUCUUUCCUGUGGGCUACCUCCGCCAUCGGCGCCUCCACAGACUCCCGGACGUACGACGAGGUCCCGAAUGAGUCAGGGGAGAACCGCAGACAGCAGCCUGGGAAUCAAGGGAAGCGACGCUCAAGUUUCUCAAGCAGCGAUUCUGACAAAACCAAGCCAUUAGUCUCCCUCAAGCGAACAGGCUCAAAUGCCAACCAGUAUGGAAAAUAUGGGAAAACACGAGCCGAGGAAGAUGCCAAGCGUUACCUGGAGGAGAAAGAGGAGCUGGAGCAGGAGAGGGAUGGGAUCCGAAGCACACUGGUGACCCUGCGGCAGGAGAAGAGGGAGAAGAAGGAGGAGCUGAAGACCGCCUCCGAUAAGAGAAAGCCCUUCUUGACCAAGCGAGUGGCUCAGCUGGAGGAAGCCUGUCGAGCCAAAGAGGCAGAGAGGGUGGAUCUGGAGCUGCGACUCACUCAGGUCAAAGAAAACCUCAAGAAGAGCCUGGCGAGUGGAGCCAUGAUGGCCCCGCUGGACAAAAAGCCUCCUGCUAAGGCAUCCAGUAAAAAGACCCAGAAUAUCUACAGUGACUCGCUGCCUGUGAACUGUGCGGCGGAGAUGCGCCGCAGACCUCCGUCUGUUUAUGCCUCCACCUCAGGAACGGUCAUGCAGAAGGCAAAGGAGUGGGAGUCAAAGAAAGGAACCUAAGAGCGUCUUCGUGGAAAAGACUGCAGAAUUACAGGAUAUCUAAUGAAACGUCCUGAUCUUCAUCUUCACUGAGGAUCUUCAUGCACGUGUAUCCAAAGUUCUGGACUUGUAAUGUGUAUUACUGACAAAAGAAGAUGCACAAACUGUAAUGAGAGACUUGAACCACUAGGUGGAGAUACAUCUUAAUAAAUUGUGACUCUCCUGGCUCCCCAUCAGGAUCCUGUUCAAGUAUUUUCUCUGUCUGGAGGGACAGUUUGUCAGUGAUUGAACCAAGAGAGCAGAGAUUAUGAAAGAAAGGAGAAAGGAAGGUGUUCUGAAAGCACAGUAAGUGCAUUAAAAUGUGGCGUUGAAAGGCUCAGGAUGUGUUGGCAGCAAGAUUGUUUGUUUAGAAUUAAAAAGUGGGACAAAACAAACCUAAGUAAUGUGAGAGGAGGAGAGGCAGAGCAAUCCAUGAUGUGCCUUUGCUUUUAUUCUUACUUGUACAUAUUGAGUUUUGUCUACCGUUUUAUAUGUUUUAUACUUUUUGUACUGCGCAGUGUUUCAUUUCUCACCGUCAUCAGGAAAUGUGCAUAGGUUUUAGGCACUAAACAAGUCAAUAAUGAGAUUUAGCCAAAGAGCAGGGCUCAGACACCAUGUACAGCUUAGGUGUUUUAUUUGGUCAUUCAUACAGAAACUGAAAACAAAGAAUUUAAUCAAACCCUCCAGUAGGAGUGGGAUUGAUUGCUCUGUUUAUGUUGGGGAAUUUGACACCUUCCGAUGCAGACAUACUGGGGCCACACCAUCUGCUUUGCAUACCUUUGACAGAUGCUACAUAUCAGUGUUUAGAGUUUGUGUGAUGGUUAAAACUGAUCAUUUGAAGUUUUUAAGACCUCAUGGCAUAGCGGAAUGAGUCUUGACCUUCAGACUGGGGGAAAUCCAUUGAGGGUUGUGGGUUCAGGUGGGUUCAGGUCCUGUGUUGACAGAGGAGGAACCUGGUGUUUGGUCCAGUCUGUAAAUGGGAGGAGUCAGACAUUUCUACAUUCAUAAAACUUUGGCAGAGUCCUACAGGUGCAUCUUAAAAUAUUAGAAUAUCCAUCAUUGACAAGCUGAUUGAAACUCUAUGAAAAGGUUUGAGCCCUUCUUUAUUUUGAUUGGCGUAAUCAUUGCCUGUGGAAAGAUCUGAACAAAUAUUUCGACAUAUCUACAGACUAUAAUUACAAAGAAUUAAUCUUUGCUUGAAACAUUUCAGUUCAUGUGAAAGCUGAAGAAUAUUUCAAUGUCAGUUUGAAUUAAACCAUGAGAAUAUUCACUAGAAAAAAAGAAGAAUCUAUCUGUGUUUGACUGAUGAGUUGAGCAGCGCACCAUGCAGGUCUCUGUGUUAUCGGUUGUUUUUAGUGGCUGCACCCGAAGCUUCUCCUGUCAGGUCGCAGCUGCGCUGCUCGGUCUAAUCAUUUGAUAAAUGAUUUGCCUGCGAAUGAAUCCUACAUCCACUUGACCCUCUCUUGCACACAAUCGAAUGCAGCUGAAUCCCUCUGUCAUGAAUAAUUGACUUACCAACAAAGUGGUGCUAUCUAGUGAUGGAAAUCGAUCUUUCUAAGUGAUGAAUUUUCCAUAUGUUAUUCUCACAUCUCUUCCGCUGAACCUGUGGGCGACUUUUGCACUUUACUGUUCUGCUACUUGGAUGAGGAAAGAAAUAAACAUACUUUAU